UCUUGAUGUGCAGCAACAGCUUAGAGGGGGGCUCAGGUUUCUGUGGCGUUGGCUAUAUUUAUCUCUGGUUCCAUGCCAGCGGGGAGGGUUUAAAUGGCACCCAGCAGUUGGCGUGAGGGGCUGCAGGAGCUUGGGGGCUGGUGGCAGGAACAAGUCUUUUCUGACCCCAUGGAGCUGUAUGAGACAUCCCCCUACUUCUACCAGGAACCCCACUUCUAUGACGGGGAAAACUACCUGCCCGUCCACCUCCAGGGCUUCGAGCCACCGGGCUAUGAGCGGACUGAGCUCAGCCUGAGCCCCGAGGCCCGAGUGCCCCUCGAAGACAAGGGGCUAGGGACCCCUGAGCACUGCCCAGGCCAGUGCCUGCCGUGGGCGUGUAAGGUGUGCAAGAGGAAGUCGGUGUCUGUGGACCGGCGGCGGGCAGCCACACUGAGGGAGAAGCGCAGGCUCAAGAAGGUGAAUGAGGCCUUUGAGGCCCUGAAGAGGAGCACCCUGCUCAACCCCAACCAGCGGCUGCCCAAGGUGGAGAUUCUGCGCAGUGCCAUCCAGUACAUCGAGCGCCUGCAGGCCCUGCUCAGCUCCCUCAACCAGGAGGAGCGCGAUCUCCGCUACCGAGGCGGGGGCGGACCCCAACCAGGGGUGCCCAGUGAAUGCAGCUCCCAUAGUACCUCCUGCAGUCCAGAGUGGGGCAGUGCACUGGAGUUUGGCCCCAACCCAGGGGAUCAUCUGCUCACAGCUGACCCUACGGAUGCCCACAAUCUGCACUCCCUCACCUCCAUUGUGGACAGCAUCACAGUGGAGGAUGUCGCUGUGGCCUUCCCAGAUGAAACCAUGCCCAAUUGAGAUUGUCUGCCAAAAUGGGCAACCAUGAGAGCCCCCCAAGCUGGCCACAGAUGCCACCACUUCUGCAGCAGGGCUCUCCUAAGCCAGGCUGUCCUGAUGCCAGGAAGCCAGCCUUGGGGCUGCCAAAUGCCAGACUAUCCCCCUCCUCAUCCAUAUAAGGUUAACCCAUCACCCAGAGAGGGAAUGGAUGCUUUCAUUUAGCUAACUCCUUAGAGCAGAGAGCAGUUCUGUUUCCAGGGAGAUAAAGCAGGGGACCGGAGCGCCCCCUUGUGUAAGCCCCCUGGCUCAGGGGGCAACUCAGGAGCUUCCCUUUGAUCAUAAUGCAGCCUCCAAUUCCACCCCCUGAAAAGAUACACUUUGAGAGACGAAGACAGUGUCCUGACCUGGACAAACUAUGUACAUCUCCUGUUGUUGUCUCUUCCUAUGCCAGGGUUAGGCUGGGCCUGCCCUGAAUUGAGAGAAGGGAGAGAAACAAUCUUCUGUUCCCAAGUCACUGGGGGGCCAAGCUUUUGCAGUGAAUGCUGGGAACCUUCCAAUGGUUUUAUGUUUUGUUUUGUUUUGCGUGUUGUUUGUAAAGCUGCCAUCUGACCAAGGUCUCUGUGCUGAAGUUGCCAGGGACAGGUGGGGGGUGGGUGGGCAGGGACUCCUGGGGUGAUUUAUUUUGUUAACUAAGCAUCGUGUGGUUUUGCCAUUGUUUUGUAUAUUUUUUUUUUUUUGCUAACUUAUUUGGAUUUCUUUUUUAAAAAAUGAAUAAAGACUGGGUGCUAGAA